GCCAGAGCACUAUUUACAUAAAGAGGAAGCCACAAACGAGUGUGUAUGUGGAACGGUAGGUGGGAUGCGGGAGUACCUGAUGUGAUAGAAGGACAGAUCAGGUAUAUGCUCUGUGGCUGGCUGUGAAGACACACUUCUAGACGUCAAAGAGAAGCUCUGUCCCCCUCAGCAUCUCCAUCCACCUACUUCUACAGCUCGCGCAGUGAUCAUGGACUCCAGCACUACAGUGGUGGAACACAUCUACCUCCUGGUCAUGGUCACCCUCAUCAGCGUAGUUCAGAACGCGUUCUUUGCCCAGAAGGUAGAGAGGGAAGGCAACGGUCAAAAUGCCAAAACAUCUGCUUUUGAAAGAGUUUAUUGUGCCAAUCGUAACUGCAUGGAUGCUUAUCCCACGUUCCUGGCAGUGAUGUGGUGUGCCGGUCUGUGCCUCAAUCAAGCUACUGCUGCCUUUGCUGGGAUCAUCUAUCUUGUAGUCAGGCAGAAGUACUUUAUUGGAUACAUGGGACAGACCUCUCAAAGCACCCCGGGCUACCUGUUUGGAAAACGUGUCCUCUUCUUCCUGUUCCUGAUGAGCAUUGUGGGCACGUUCAACUACCUGCUGACGCACUACUAUGGCAGCAACUAUAAAGAAUACGUAGAAACCAUCACCAGCGCUGCAUCUGCUCUUCUGCUCAUCCCCUAAUCCGGUGUGGGUCCCAUAAUGGCAACAACACUUCCCCACAUGAUCUUACCUGAAGAGAACUGUAUGAAACUGAAGUCAAAAUCUGUGUUUUGUAAAAGAGCAUUUAUUGUAUUUGGGUUUGGUAAAAAAUAAAUUUUCAUGAACAAAA